CCGCUCCUGGCCCCACGUACAGAGCAGGGAAAGGGAGGAUCGUCUCCAACGCAUCGCCGCCGGGCACAACGCCGCGGGUGACCCCUCCUGUCUCUCUCUCUCUCUCCCCCCGUCUGCCGCCGGAUCGGAUCCUCCACCGCCGCUCCUCUCUGGGGCUAGUGGGGGCGGAGAUCCGUCCAGGCGAGGUCUGUUCUGGUCUGGUCCCCUCUCGUGCUGGAAUUUGAGCAGUUGUAUCAAUGAAUUUCCUCUACCGUACCGCGCAGCCUGCGGCACCCGAGCUGCCACGAAUUCCAGAGCAAGAUCACCACAAGGAUGCCUUGCAAAAGCCAUCUACGACACUGGAGGGUCUCAUCGCUGAAGAUCCGUACCAGCCCUCAUCCGCCCGCAGCGAAGACGGAGCGGCUAAUAAUGGACCUGGGGAUAUCGGUGGGGAUCCUGCAUCUCUAGAUUCGAAAAGUUCGAUCCUGCCGGGGACACAUACUGAUGUUGUGGAAGAUGAUGGAUGGAUUACAGUUCCAUACAAAGCGCUUCCUGAAAAUUGGAAUGAUGUUUCAGAAAUGGCAGAGUUGCAGCAUCUGGAUCGCUCCUUCCUUUUUCCUGGCGAGCAGGUUCAUAUACUGGCAUGCCUGUCAGCUUCUAAGCAAGAUAUACAGGUUAUAUCCCCUUUCAGAGUUGCUGCAUUGAUGUCUAAGAAUGGAAAUUCUUUGGAACACUGCACAAAUAAAUCUGGUCCUGUCAGUUCAAAUGGCCAUGAUAAUGGAACAAGUGGAAAAAAUUGCUGUCAGGAUAUGGAGAAUAAUAGGCAGAGUGUUGAACUCAAUGGUCAAGCGGCUCCUUCGAAACAUGGUAUUUUGGAGACUCAGUCUCUCCUUCAAAGGGAAGAUCAUAAACAGCAAAUAGAACAUAUUUUGCGAAGAUUCAGAGAAUCCAAUUUUUUUGUAAGGAUUGCGGAGUCGGAUGAACCUCUCUGGUCCAAGAAAAGAGUAUCUGCAAGUAAGAUGCUAGACGGAUGGCAUUAUUCAGAUAGCCAGGGAAAUAAUAAGGCAUCAAGGAAUACUGUCUAUAAUACCAUUUCUGAUAAAGGGAUUUUCGAUGGUACCACAUCUGGAGGAGUUGCUCGAGAUACUGUGAAGUGCUAUCCUCUGCAGAAUGGAGACAUAGUGGUUGUUUUGCAAGUGAAUGUAGGUGUUAACAAAUUGGAAGAUCCAGUGCUUGAAGUUCUUCAGUUUGAGAAAUGUAUAUCAAGCAAUUACAUGCCUCAGUAUCUUGUGGAUGAACUUUCUGAUAGUAAUGAUGAUCCAUGUCGGGAGCUUCUUAGUUGGUUGCUCCCUUUGGAUCGCACAUUACCACCUCGUUCCUUAUCACCCCCCACUCUCAAUCCAAGUGUAUCACACAAGCAGUCUUAUUCUGCUCCUGGGUCUCAAAUAUUUAACUUCCGAAGCUACUCCAUGCCUUCAUCCUCCUCUGUUCAGCCACCCAACAGCAUAAGACCACCGCCAAUAUCUGAAAGUCAAGAAUUUAUGCCCGAAAAUCCUGCAAAAACCCCUGAUACUAUAAAUGAUGGGCAACUUUCAUUUAGAGGAGUUCCUUUGGAACCUGAACGAUAUUCUGUACGUUGUGGUCUAGAAGGGGUGUAUCUACCGGGAAAAAGAUGGCGGAGAAAAGUUGAAAUCAUUCAACCAAUUGAGGUUCAUUCUUUUGCUGCAAAAUGUACUGUGGAAAAUCUUCUGUGUGUUAUAGUAAAGAACAUUGCUCCAGCUCAUGCAAAAGAUAUAGUUGUAUUCAUUGAUGCUAUUACUAUCGUAUUUGAGGAGGCAUCCAAAGGAGGUGCUCCUUUGUCACUACCAAUUGCCAGUAUUGAGGUUGGGCAUGGUCACAGUUUACCAAAUCUUGCACUUAGGAGUGGCGAGGAGCACUCUUUUAUUCUCAAGCCAGCAACUAUGUCCUCAAGGGAUCGAAGAACCAACAGUGAUGCACCUAUGGCUUUGUCACUCCCAACGAUGACUGGAGCUACUUUAAAUACUCAUACGCCAAGGGUUGCUGAGCCUUAUGUUGCUCCUAGUGACCAGUAUGCUGUACUUGUAUCUUAUCGCUGCAAUUACUCAGAAUCGAAACUUUUUUUCAAGCAGGCCACAAGUUGGCAACCCUGUGCGGCUAGUGAUCUUAUGAUCUCUGUGUCAUCUGAACUGUCUUUACGAAAUCCUAGUCUGAGCGCUCGAGUUCCUCAACUCCCUGUGCAGGUAUUAACCCUCGAAGCUACGAAUAUGACAUCCGAAAACCUUACGUUAACUGUCCUCGCUUCAGAAGCAUCUGGUUCUUCUUCAGUUGUAUCCUUGAACUCAGCUCCAACCACACCAAAUAACCCUUAUGAUGGUCUUAAUGAGUCAGCAAAAAAAUCUGGUUUGGGUAAACAUCGAAUUGGCUUUCGAAGAUUGAAUUCUGUCCUAGCUGGGUCUCCAAAAGAAAGUGACAGUGGAGGAAAUAGAAUGAGUACUGCUUCAGGCUGUACUCAUCUGUGGUUGCAGAGUGCAGUGCCCCUGGGGUGUGUACCGGCACGUUCAAGCACCACUGUCAAACUUGAGCUACUUCCAUUAACAGAUGGCAUCAUUACACUUGAUACACUUCAAAUAACUGCAAAGGAGAGAGGCCUUACAUACAUACCGGAGCGGUCCUUGGAGAUACAUGCUACUUCUGGCAUUUCAACAGGAAGGUCAUAGGGUAGGAGAGAACCAAGUGCUGUAUGAUUCUGUAUAUUGUGGUCUGGGACAACCCCUUCAAAGAGCGUGAGACUACUGGGCCAAGUAUGUUCUUGGGUCAUUUGUAUCGGAUUUGGACAUAGACGCUCGUACAGCACAAUCUCGGAGCCAAAAUAACACCAGUAUAUCAGGAGAAUGGUCGCUGCUGUUGGUGAAGAAACAAACAAAAUACUUUUGUGUAUCAUAAUUAGGUUCUCAUAACCAUUCAUAGGUGGCCCCCUGAGCUACACAGGCUUAUGAAACUUGUAAUGUUGUGUUCCAUAGUUUUGAUUACUAUUUUUGUGGUGCUCAUUUUUUGUUGCGUGUAAAACCUUUUCUUUGAUUUCUUAUUGUCGGGCAGAUUUAUCAUGUGUGGGCUCUUACCAAAAUGUACUGUAAAGGGUUAAACAUGUUGAUACCUUGUUCAUUUCCAUAGUAACUCUAGUCAAUUAAUCAUGGUUGCUGAUC